AUGAAGUUUGCCAUCUUCUCCAUUAUCUCCACCCUCCUCAUUGCCGUCUCGGCCGCCGGCAAUAGCUGGUAUGUCCCCGCAAAGGACAUCACCUGCGCCGGCCACGACGAUGGUCACAUCGAGUGCCAGCAAGGACACAUUGACAAUGCUCCUGUCGUUCCCCUGGACCACCCAGACUCCAACACCACCCCGGCCAUCAAGGGCCGCGAGGCCAACCCUCUGCAGAAGCGCGUCACCUGCAACAUUGACGGCGUCACCCAGGGCCUGGCCUGCUUCACCCACUGCUUCGCCAUUGGCUAUUGCAACUCUAAUUGCGACAGCAAGAACAUCUGCCACUGCUCCUGCAUGGACAAGACGCCGUGGUGGAACCCGAUUGUCUGCAGCAAGACUUCGUGCGCCUAG